AUGAAGUCCCUCGUCUGUUUUCUCGCCGUCUAUGGCAUUAGCCUUUGUUAUGCCCAGUCAACAUCGAACAACUACUUCUUAAGCCCCGGCUCGCAGCAGGCCCAACUUGACAGCGGAAACAACACAGACGAGUAUCCUGUCUAUCCGCGAGACACCGACUUCGUAUUCACUUGGACGACCAACUGGACGAGAAUCAGUCUCGUCCUGUGGCAAAACGAAAAUGCAUCUUCCCUUACUCUUUUUGAAAACGAAAACGACCAACCCAUCUCAUACAGCUACGACAUGAACCCAGACGUCAACCUAACCUGGAACGACGUGUUCUUCGCGACAUUGUGGAACGAUAACCGCGACAGCGAAGGCGGAAUCCCCUACUUCUCAUCCUCCUACUUCCGCAUCAACGCCUCAUCCCCAGAUCCCUCUACCACCACAACCUCAACCUCAACUCCAACCUCAACCCCAGGCACCAACGACACAGCCUCAGACCCGCAAGCAACCGACUCCUCCUCCGACGACGGCCUCGACACCGGCGCGAAAGUCGGCAUCGGCAUCGGCGUCGGCCUGGGCGUGCCCGCCCUCGCCCUCGCCGGCGUCGCAGCCUUCUACUUCCGCAAGCGCGCCAAGGCCCUGCAAGCGCAGCAGCAGCAGUUGCAGCAGUAUCCUGGUGCUGGUGGUGGUGUCCCGGGGAUAGGGCCGUACGGGCCGCCGCCAGCACCGCUCUCGGAAGUUGCUGGGCCUGCGCCGUAUAAGCCGCCGACUCAGUGGCGUGGUCCGAGCGAGGUCGAUGCGGCGAAUACGGGCGUUGGCGUCCAGUCGAGGUUUCAGGAGCUGUCGGGACAUUGA